UGCUGAGCGACCAUUGUGGCUGGUGUAUUCUGGGAUGGGUUCCCAGUGGCCUAAGAUGGGUCGUGCAAUGAUGAAGUUUGAAGUUUUUCGUCAAGCAAUUGAACGAUGCGAUACUGUCCUACAGAAACAAGGACUACAUCUACAGAAGAUGAUAAUGGAAGGGGAGGAGAAUACUUAUGACAGUGUCCUCCAUUCCUUUGUAGCCCUAGCCUCUAUACAGGUAGCUCUCACAGACAUGUUGCUAUGUAUGGGUUUAAAACCAGACGGCAUCUUGGGCCACUCUGUGGGAGAACUAGGAUGUGGUUAUGCUGACGGGUCAAUGACUGCGGAGGAAACUGUUCUGGCUGCAUACUGGAGAGGGCGCUGUGUGGAGGAGGCCAAGCUGCCACCAGGGGGCAUGGCAGCAAUUGGCCUGACCUGGAAAGAGGCUACAGACCAGUGUCCUGAAGAUGUAAUACCAGCAUGUCACAACUCCACAAACACCGUUACUGUGUCUGGUCCAGUUGAUGCAGUGGCAGACUUCGUAGCCAAGCUCAAAGAUCGUGGUGUGUUUGCCCGACAGGUCAAUAGUGCAGGAGUUGCCUUUCAUUCAAAAGACAUGCUAAAGGUGGCACCUCUCCUCAAGUCUCGCCUAUCUGAGGUGAUAAAACCCAAGCCUAGGAGUUCCAAAUGGAUAAGCUCAUCAGUACCAGAAUCUGAGUGGGACACUGAAAAAGGAAAAUGGUCAUCGGCAGAUUAUAUUGUUAACAACUUGGUUAGCCCAGUGCUUUUCCAGGAAGCACUCAAACACAUUCCUGAAAACGCAUGUGUGAUUGAGAUUGCUCCACACUGUCUCCUACAAGCAGUGAUCAAACGUUCCCUUCCAAAAAGUUGUUCUACGUUUGGAGUAAUGAAGAGGCAACAUGAAAAUAACCAGGAAUUUUUCUACUCCAACCUUGGCAAGUGUUAUAUAGAGGGUAUCCGACUGAACCCCCUUGGGCUGUUCCCUGCCGUCCAGCUUCCCGCACCACGAGGCACCCCCAUGAUCAGCCCAUCCCUAGGAUGGGACCAUAGUCAAACCUGGGCUGUAGCUGACCAAGGGGAUUUCAUCACAGAGGGCCUGCCUUGUCUGUUUGAGAUUGACUUCUCUGCUGAAUCAAAAUACCACUACAUUAUAGACCAUCGCAUCAACGGCCUUGACCUAUUUCCUGCAUCUGGCUAUCUCACUCUAGCAUGGCGGGCUCUGGCGAGAGUCUGGGGACAGCUGUACACACAGAUGCCAGUCUCAUUUUCAAAUGUAUUGUUCCACCGGGCCACCAUACUACCCAAAUCUGGUAAGCUAAACUUUCGUGUAAACCUCAUACAAGUCACGGGUUGUUUCGAGAUCAGUCAAGAUGAUGGACUUGUGGCUAGUGGAAUUAUUUUCCCUGCACAAGAUGGCCCCACCAUUGGCACGCAGGAUGUUACACUCCCACAGAAUCCUCUCCGAAGUCUGGAACCGGAACUGACAACAGACGACAUCUACAAAGAACUGAGGCUGCGUGGCUAUGACUUUGGACCAAAGUUUAGGUCAAUUGCAAAAUCAAGCUGUAGAGGUGAACAGAGUGAUCUUCUAUGGACCAAUAACUGGUUGUUACUUCUGGAUGCAAUGAUACAGAUUCAUCUGAUAGUGAAACCUGACAUCACAUCUGCACUACCCACAGGGAUACGGAGACUGACCAUCGACCCUGUCGCACACAACAAGUCUGUACUUCUGGAGCCUUACACAGGAAAGACAAUUGUGAAGGUGUUUGUGAAUAAGUACGGAGACACAACAACAGCAGGUGGUGCAAUUAUGGAAGGCGUGAGUCUGACAAAGGUUAACCUUCGACCUCACGACCAGACUGUUGCCCUAAGUGAGAUGACGUUUGUUCCCUACCGAGAUACAGCUAGCCAGAAAAUGUCUGCAUUGCCUUCCUUGGUAAGAUACACUGAACAAUGUAGUCAGGUUGCUGCUGCCGUACUCAACAAAUUUGAAUAUCACCUUGAAGAAUCAUGCAUUCCAAAUAAGAAUCUGUUUAAAGCAGUGGCAAAAACUUGUACAGAAGACAACAUCAGUGAUUUGAAAAUCAAAUCAAAGGACUUUGUUCAGCUGGACCAGAGUCUGCUGAGAACCUUGAUGAAAAUCUCCACCAUGAGGCCAACAAGAGGACUUGCUGAUAACAUCAUUAGCGUUCUGGAGGCUUUUGGAUCGGAUAUGGAAAAUGACCAAUUACUAAGUCACAUGAUCAACAGAACGGUCCUCCACCCUUGUCUGGACAUUGUCUCAGAAAACUUGCCAUCAAGGACAUUUCGUGUAUUGGAGGUCAAAGAUCAAGAAAAUAUCUUUCAUUACAAGAUCAGAGGUCACCUGCACCAGACUCAGAGAGGAGCUGUCACCUUCCAUCAAGUUGACUGGAUGCUUGAUGACGCAUCCAAACCAGAGGAUCCUUUCCAGCUUGUUGUCCUAGAUGACUUUCUGCAUGGACAACCUGACAUCAGUGAAUCUCUCAGAAAAAUUUCAACAAAGGUCACACUCGAUGGCUUCGUCUUAUUGGUGGAGAUUACCCAUAACUUCCACAUACAGGCCUUGUUGGAUGGGCUGAUGAAGCCGAGAUUGAAUGUGAAGGACAAACGGACACUGGGAUGGUACUGCAGUUCAUCAAAGUGGCAAGAACUAUUCAAGAUGGCAGGUUUUGAAAUCAUUAUAGAGAGAGCAGAUAGUCUUCUCUACACUUUGUAUCUGUUAAAAAAAAAGACAGAAUCUGAUACAAAGAUACAAACUGUGGUCCGUGUUGACAGUCUGAAUUUCUCAUGGUUGGAAGACCUCAAGGCAAAGUUCAAAGAAGUGCAGACGAAACCCAAGGGGCAUAACCUGUGGCUGGUGGCUGAAAAAGAGAGGCGUAGUGGAAUUCUGGGAUUGGUGCGAUGCUUGCGCAGAGAACCAGGAGGGGAAAGAAUUCGAUGUGUAUUCCAUGCUGAUGGUAUUGACAAACUCAGUCCCAAACCUGCCUACCUAGAGGAUCUAAUGGGAAUGGACAUGGUGAUGAAUGUAUACACGAAGGGAGUAUGGGGCUCCUACAGACAGGUCCCAUCUAUGUCAGAGAGGAAAACUGACCUUGAGAAAAACAAGAAUCUGGAAAUGAGAAUGAAGAGAUACGGUGACAUGACUAGCUUCUGUUGGUCAGCUAUCGAACCCUCAAAGAUAAAUGUGGCUGCAGACACAUCAAAAGUAUUGUGUAACGUUGUUUGUGUGGCCUUAAACACGGCAGACAGAAUGGUCGCCACAGGGAAACUGGUAACCGGGGAAGUAGGUGGCACACUGUGUACAGAGUUCUCGGGCAUCACAUCUGAUGGGCGACGAGUGAUGGGCUUAGCCCCACGCCAGGCAUUGUCAAAGGUGGUGCUGGUAGAGAAAAGCCAGAUCUGGGAUAUUCCUGAGAUGUGGUCAUACAAGGAUGCUGCCACUGUGGUAUGGGCCUAUGGCUUAGCUAUCUAUGCUCUCCAUGUCCGAGGAAACCUUACCAAGGAUGCAAAUGUACUCAUACAUGAUGCGGGAAGUGACAUCGGCCAGGCUGCUGUGGCCAUUGCCCUGAGCUGUAGCUCAAACGUUUAUGCAACAGUGAAGAUGCCGUCACACAAAGAUGUUCUCUGUCUGCAUUUCCCACAGCUGUCAGAUGAUCACAUUUACCUUCCCCAUCAGUCCAACAUUUACGAGGGUGAUAUCCUCCGAGCCACUAAAGGCAAAGGUGUCCGUAUGGUACUAACCUCCCAGAUGGCUGGUAACCUCCAAUCUGAUAUCCGUUUGAUACAAAAUGGCGGCAAGCUCCUAGACCUCAACACCUACAUCCCAUCAGACCGUAUGCCUCAAGGAACACUCCAGGGUAGCUAUGAACUCCAGGGUAUCCGGAUUGAAUCACUCAAGGAGAUGGACAUGCCAUGUGUAGCUGAGAUUCUUCAAGAAGGCAUGCAUAAUGGCACUGUCAAGCCCCUCCUUUUCACCUCCUUCCCUCCCAACAAGCUGAAGGAAGCAUUUGAUGCCAUGAUAACUGAGAAAGGAUCUGCCUCCAAAAUACUGGUGGAGAUAGUGCCCAGUACACCGAGUAAGGUGCUGCCAGAUGACAUCCCUGUGGUACCCCAGUGUUACUGCCCUGCCAACAAGUCGUACAUCAUCACUGGUGGACUUGGAGGAUUUGGCAUUGAGUUGGCUCAGUGGCUGAUAGACCAUGGUGCCAGAAACAUUAUCCUUGUGUCAAGGUCAGGGGUCAAAAACAGCUACCAGGCUCGUAAGUUACUGUUGUGGAAGGAUGAAGGAGUCACCGUGAGAAUCUCGAACGACGAUAUUAGAACACCAGCAGGAACCAAGGAUUUGUUUGAUGAAGCACAGAGUCUGGGUGAACUGGCUGGUAUAUUCCAUCUAGCCAUGGUGCUAAAAGAUGGAUUGUUUGAGAAUCAAUCAAUGGAGAAUUACAAGGCUGUCUGUGAGGCCAAAAUUGACGUUGUGCUGAACCUUGACCUGGAGACCCGAACCAGAUGUAAGGAGAGCCUUGAUUGGUUUGUUGUGUUCUCCUCUGUGAGCAGUGGCUUUGGAAAUGCCGGCCAGACCAACUACGGCUUUGCCAAUGCUGUGAUGGAGAGAGUGUGUGAGAAGAGGUCAGCUGAAGGCUUGCCAGGCUUGGCAAUCCAGUGGGGUGCCAUUGGUGAUGUGGGUGUAGCCAGCGACAAGACUGUGGUGGGAGGUACACUUCCUCAGAGACUAGUGUCCUGUCUGGAGGUUCUAGGGACACUCCUUCACCAACCCCACCCUGUAGUGUCGAGUUACGUCCCUGCACAGACUGAUGACCUUGGCACACAGGCCCAAGGACAGAGAAAGGACAUCACAACAGCUGUACUCCAGAUCAUUGGUAUUCAGCCAGGGAACAUCCCCAGUUCUGACAAACCUUUGGUCGACAUUGGACUUGACUCCCUAAUGCUGGCUGAAAUAAAACAACUUCUUGACCAUGAAUUUGACCUUAGUGUUUCUGUAGAUGAAAUCCGUACACUGACGAUUCGCGAACUCAGGAAGAUGCUGAAGGAAGACUUGGACCGUUCUGAGGUCAACACUACUUUGGAGAACUCAGCUUCCAAAGUGUGCAUCACUAGAGAUGAUCUGGUUGCCAUGAAAACCAUCAAAAGAUUGAAUGACGUUGACAAUGAUAAACCUGCUGUUUUUAUCAUCCAUUCUUUAGGAGGAACAGUUUCCAGUGUGUGUGAUCUGGUGUCCAGUGUGGCGGCACCAUUGUAUGGCAUCCAGUUGACCACAGAUGUCCCGACACAUUCCAUUCAGACAAUAGCUGCUUACUACUUACAGGUGAUUGACACCCUGAUACCAGACCAGCUAUAUCACCUGGUAGGGGUGUCAUUUGGCUGUCUUGUUGCCAUGGAAAUGAGACAUCAGCUGGAAAAAUUCCACAAAGACAACACAAAAAUUGGGAAACUUGUAUUGGUGGACGGGAGUCCUUCUUUUAUCCCACAGCUUUAUGGGGAUGAACUCAAGGUCCUCCGAAAUCUGUCCUGGCCUGCUCAGAAUACCACUGUUCUCCGUAGUUUUCUUGAAUCUCUCACAGGGGAGAUAACUCUAAUAAAGACACUUGAAGAGGAGAAGUCUUUUGAUAGAAAGAUACAGGAAGUCGCAUCACACCUGACUACUCUCCAGCCUCAUCUAAUUGCAGAGGACAUUACCAUGGCAAUCAGGAUCUACCACAUGCUUUCCUCAUUGGCGCUAACCUUGGUGUGGACAUCAAAUAUCAAGGGUGAUGUGACCUUGCUGAGAUCGUCACAACCGUUGCUAAGCUACUGUGUGCGACAUCAAGAUUAUGGACUCAAACAGUAUGUGGAUGGCACUGUAAAUAUUGUCAGUUGUCAAUUUACUCACAACAACUGGGCCACAGAUAGCUGUCGUAAGGCACUGGAGGAGAUACUGAUACCAUAGCCGGUGAUUACUCAAACCUAAAGUACAACAUACCAGUGACAUAUAAUCACUUAAAAUUACAGGAAGGCCUUGGGUAAAAUUUACUGGAGGAGAUACUGACACCAUAGCCCGGCCCGUGAUUACUCAAACCAAAAGUAAAACAUACCAGUGACAUAUAAUGUUAGUUUGUGGAGACUUAAAAUUACUCGAAGGCCUUGGGUAAAAUUUACUGGAGGAGAUACUGGUACCAUUGUCAUGUUCAUGGACUCAAACCAGGAGUACAUCAUACCAGUGACAUAAUAUAAUGUUGGUUUGUGGAGACUUAAAAUUACAGGCGAAUUAGGCGAUUCGUAGGAGUAGAACUGACUGAAAAAUCCUUGGAGGACUUGGCUGUAGAAUAAUAGUCUGUUAAACUUACUUUAAUUAAAGGCUCCAAAAAUUUUGACCAGUACUUUGGAGCCUGUGAUUAUGGACAAGUAGGAUAGAUUAUGUUUAUCAUGGCAUGUGUGGAAUUUGAAAACUGUGGGGAACUGUUAAAUGCUUGUGAUGACUAAGAAUUUUCGGAUGCAGUGAGAAAUAUAGGUGGUAUAACAGAGCACAUUUGCGGUGACUAAAUAAUGUAGAAACAUACUGUACUGUAAUCCCCAGGUUGUUUAGCUUGUGAUUGACAGUUACACUAAGGAAUGUAAUAUUAUAUUAAUGUACAUGUAGAUUCAUCAGUAUUUGUUGAUGUAUUUUGAAAUACACUCGAGUUAGAGUUUUGUGCCCCUGUGCUGUGAAGGUUCACAUAGGAUGUCGCGUGGAAGUACAUGUAUGUAAUGUACUUCUGAGAGUGUCUGUAUCAUCUGCAAGAUUUUUGACAAUGAGAAUAUCAUCUGCAAGAGCUCUUUCAUAAUUAUUGGCACUUGAAUUGCCUAUCCUGCUAAAAUAUAUACAAUGUAAUGUAUUUAUGAAAUACCUGUGAAUAUGUUAAGUUUCAUUGUAUACAUACAUGUAUAUAUAAAUAUAUAUUUACAUCAUGUUGUAUAUUACUUUUUUCUA